AUGGUGUUGUCUCGACGUCCUGGUCAUCGUCGUCACCCCCGAGAUGGCUCGCCACCACCCAAUGAGCAUUCAGAAGAUGAUGUACCUCAUCGAUCGAGAAAGCUGCCAAUAAGCUCCCGUCGACUCCCCAAAGUCAUCGCCCUGACGGUUGUCUUUCUGAUCUACUUUUUGGUGGGGCUGUCCAUGCGGCUCAAGGCAAACUUGACCAUAUUACCUCCCAAAGGGAAACUUCGAGGAACCACCCAACAAGAAACCAAUGCCACAUCCUGCCCACCAUUGCCCCAACGACUGCAAAAUCUAAAGACGCUUCCCUUGGAGACAAUGACCAAAGAAGAAAUGGAGUACCAAAUACAGAAUCACAUGGAUCAAAACGAGUUUGGGACCACGGGAAAUAAAAUCUUGACUUGCCGGCAACACAAUGUUCACUUUUGUCGUGGUGUGGUCAAAGUCUAUCGUUCCAAAGCCAUGUAUUUUCAAGUCAAGCGAUGCCUUCACAUGUUGGAGGACGCUGGUAUUACAUCACGAAUCUUGUUUGCAGAUGAUGAAACAGGAACCAUGGUGGAAGAAGAUAUGGGGGAAGUCACACUCAUGAACUCCCCAGUGCCUUGGGACUAUAAGGACCAAAUGCACCGGAUUCAAUGCAUUUUGCAAAAACACAGCAUGAUUCAUCGAGAUUUCAAUUUCCGUAAUUUCAUUGCUAAUCAAGCGACUGGGAAAAUAAACAUUAUCGAUUUUGGUGAUGCUGUAGUAUGGCAAGGAGGUUUGUGGAAUCCGAAAAACUACAAUUGGAGGAACCUUCAGAAUAUGUUUAGCCUUUGGUGGAGACGGCACGAUUCCGAAGAUCAGCUAAGGAUCAUGUUCGAGGUGGCAGAACCAAUGUUGGUGGGCAAACGCAUUUGGAGACAACCUGUACAACAACAACAAGCACAAGCACAAGCGCCAAAAGAGAAUGAAGCAAAGGGAAAACAGGACGAGGAAUAA